AUGUUAUUGCAGAGCCAAUGUCAACCGCUCAAAUUGGAUGAGGAUCCAAACCUCUUAUCCAAAUCAGGGCAUCUUGUGACAACAAACACAGGUGAAUGUCAACUGUGGUGGCGUUUGGACUUCCUAUAUGACAAGUUCAAAGAGCAUGGUGGUGAACAAAGGAGUCUUUACAAAUGGAUCCAAUUUCUCAAAGAGAAAGUUGGAGAAACGGAGCUUUGUGGUGAUUUCUUCUGUCACACCAACCAAAGCAGCCAUCCAGCGAAUGCGGUCCGUGAGAACUGUGCAACAACAAAGGCAAUUGUGGCAUACUUCUAUGUCAUCUUGAAGGAAUCCAGAACAGCUCGCUCGCGGCAGUUGGUUUUUGAAUGGCUACCAGCUAUAUGUCAACAGGUCAUUUCCACGAUUGGCUUGACAACCAGCAUAGAUGUUGAAAACAUGAUCAGUUUGUACAUCUCAUCAGCAGGCAUGGUUUCAGACCUUGAGAUUUUGCUCUCUUCCCAUCACCGUGCCAGUUUUACGGCCUUUCAGAAAGAGUGGAACUCGAUGUGUGAGACUGGAGAGCUGUCUUCUGAAAUCAUCAGUGAUGCCAAUUCCAUGUGUGCGCUACAGGAUUUGCUUCGCUUUGUUUUUGCAGUGGAACGGAAACGGAAGUUGUCAGGGAGUCAUCCGUGGAAGAGGAACAGUGUAACUGGCUCUAUACUUUGGAAGAUUCAGGCAGGGCUGAUUGAGUUUGUUGCAAAAGGCAUAGACGACUUUGUCAAGGGGCAGUACAUGGCAAAUCAUGACACUUCUGGAGUGCUUCCAUCCAGACGCAGAACUUUGCAAGCAGAAGAUGCUAUUGUGCCUGCUGGCCAACUGGUCAGAAGAAAAUCCAGCAGGGUUUCUAUGACUCCAGAUGCAAUAUAUGAAUUGUUCAGUGAAGCCAGAGACACGGGCGUUUCAAUGAGAGCAGCAGUCCAAUUGCUGUCUGGUGGAAGACUGAGCAAGGUUGCUGGUUGUCGGCCAACAGCAGUGCCUUCAUGGGUUCGCAGGGCGCUGAACCUGUAUGAUUCAAGGGUUCAGCUGUCCCUAGUUGGUGCAAUGCAUUACAAUUUGGUGGCUGAUGCUUCAACACAUGGUGGCAAAGAGGUGCUUGAAAACAAACUGGAGAGGCUUGCGUCCUACCGUCAGAUCCAAGCCAUGUCUCAACAAUUGAACUUCUUGAGCAAUGCACGGAUCCCAAAUAUUGAUUUCUUCACUACUCCGGCCAAUGUCCACAUUCAUCCUGUUCGGAAAGGUAGCACACGUGUGAAGCACUUGGAGAAUGGCAGGAUACGAGCAGGACAUCAAAACACUCAGACUGGAGAGGUCACUAAGCUCUUGCCAAAUGAUGGUGCAUGGUGGAACCACAUCCCACUUCUUGUACUCCAGUUGGACCAGGGUCCAACGUGUUGUGGGGGAGCCGCGUAUGCCAUUCACAAAAUGAAGAAGCUCAUACUGGCUCGGUGGGAUGUCAUCCAUCGAUCUAUCCGUGAUGUGAAACUGGCGCUGUUGCACGGUUCUUCAGGUGAGUAUCUGCAAAUGCAAUUUCAUAGUCAGUACCUCUUCAGCGUUGCGUACAGACCUUUUGGUUCCUCUGGCUUUUUCGAGGAAAAAAAGCGGCUCUUAGAACUCAUGAUGGCAAGGGAAACUUGGUCCAGUGUUCCUGAGUUCAUGGACUCCUGGGAGCAGAUCAAAGAUGAACUUGGUCUUGAGUCUGCGGAGCAUCCAUCUGAUGUUUGGAAUGCGCUCCCUUCAAUGAGUGGGUUUUGCAAUAAGCAGUCGCUACCAAAAUUAUCCAGAUGGUUUUCGUGGAAUGCCUCUGCAGAGGAGAAACUGCCUGAAUGGACAGCGGUGAAAGUGAUCCUGUCAUAUCACUUUCGGAGUCAGAACUUGGAUCCAGAUGAGGCAUAUCACAAACGCCAGCUGGAGCAAAUGGCCAAGGACUCCACUGAACAAACUUCGAUGCGCAAGGAAUUUGCUAGGUUGAAGGAAAAGCUAGGUGGUGGACUUCGCCUAUGUUACUAUUUGAUGUCGGAUAGGCUGCACAUUAUGACACAAGUGAUUUGCCUCUGCACUUGCCCUAUAUGGGAUUGGUAUUCAGAUACAAUCAAAGACAUCAAAACACCUGGAGACCAAAUUCAGAAGCUUGCAACUCUACAAACGGAAUGGACAAGGGAGCCUCACUUGGUUGAGCUUGCAAGAGUUCCAAUUUAUGGAGAUCAGCAACUGAGGAAAAUCAUUCAGCGAUCAAAGUUUGAGGACACACCAUCAAAGAUCUUGGAGCUGUCACAGCUACUGCUUAAACAGAGACUUUGGUCAAUAUCCAAAGCAGCAGCUCCACCUGACUGCUAUUCUGGGAUUCUAUCGGAAGAUCCUGCAUUUCAACAGGCCUGGACCAUUACAGCUACAGCGACUCAAAUGUCUUCAGAUCAUCAAAUGUUGCUUCAACUGGAGCAGGUGGCGGCGGACCAGGGCUUGGCACCUAAAAUCCUGGAUGAUUUGGGAGUGGUUUGUCCGCCUGCAAUCCGAGUGAUGCUAAUG